AACUAAUGAUGGCAAAUUAAAUCCACAUUUACCUCUUUAAAUAUAACAUAAUCCCCACCCCACCCCACCCAUUCACGUAAUAUAUAAGUAGUUAUAUUGUAGGUUUGAAGUUGGAAGUGUACAAUACAUCUCCUCAAAACUCAGUUUGCUCAACAACAAAUCACUCACCCUCACUUUCUCUCUCUAGAUUCUUCAAAUAUCUGGUGCAGCAUGGCGCAGAAUCAUUGCGAUGUACUCGAAAAUGGAGCACACCCUUGGCUGCUUCAAGGGCAUGCACGGAUCACCCACGAUCACAGUCACAGACCCGCUAAGGAGCGCUCUGCUGGAUUCGAAGCGUACGGGAUAAAAUCUCAGUCUUUUUUGGAGAUGAACCCUGCCGUCGUGGUUCAAGGGCAAACGAGAUCGGGCCAAAGAGCAAAGAAUCAUUCGAAUUGGGCCAAAAGUGGGCCCGGAAUGCAGGCUGUUUUUUUGGGCCCGAAGAGAAAAUCUUGCGGCACUGGAGUUUUUAUUCCCCGUCGACAUGCCACUGACCUUCAAUUCACCAAUAAGCCGGCUUUCUCUCCAGUUCUGCUGCCUUCUCGAGUGAUUCAAGCACUCAACCUUAACGUCCAUGAACUUGGUCAAGAAAUUAAGCCCCAUUCAGAGCAAACCAAGAAUGUUGCGGAGAAGAUUGAUGAAGAUUUGGAGAAGCAAAAGGAAGAUUAUGUUUCUUUAUCGCCAGAGAUUUUUCUGCCUAAAGAGUGGACCUAUUAGCAGCCCACAGAUCAUUUCAUUGCAUUCCUUGUUUCGUCUCAUAUUUAAUUCUUUUAGGUGUAUGAUAAAAUAUAGGAGAUAAAGCUUCAUUAAAACGGAUGCAUCGAUCCUAUAUCUUCGAAAAUUAAUAAUGGGAUUUGGCUUUUACAAAAACAAUAAGUUCUUUACCUGUGGUUUGCUAGCUGUUGAUAAAUCUUUAUCAUGUAAUGUAAUUUAAAUGAUUUUAGUAAUAUAAAGUCUGGGUCAUGAUUUUUUUCAA